AUGGCGACAGCAUCUUCAGCUCUGCGCAUAGGCGUUGACGUCGGUGGCACAAACACCGACGGCGUCAUCCUCGACCUCGCACAAGCCAGCACACCGUCUCGCGGCAUCCUCGCUCACCACAAAUCCAGCACCACCAAGAACCCGAGCGAUGGCAUCAACAAUGUCAUCGAGACCAUGUUCUCGCAGUCCUCUGCCAUUCACCCGACCGACGUCGCCAGCGUGACCAUUGGCACGACGCAUUUCAUCAACGCCGUGGUGGAAAUGGACCAGUCGCGUCUGGCCAAGGUCGGCGUCAUCCGCCUAUGCGGCCCCUUCUCCAAGGAUAUCCCCAUUGGCAUCGACUGGCCGCCGAGAUUACGGGACAUUAUGUGCGGUCACCGCAGUUUGGUUUCGGGCGGGCUGGAGAUUGACGGCGGUCUCAUCGCGGAGCUAGACGUCGAAGAGGUCAAGCGCGAGGUCGAGGCCAUCAAGGCCAAGGGCAUCAAAUCCAUUGCCAUUGUCGGUGUCUUCAGCCCCAUCGACGUCAUUCAUCGUCAAGAAGAGACGGCAGCCGAGGUUGUGAGGAGCGUCUAUCCCGAAGCUGACGUUGUCUGCUCCAAGGAUGUGGCCAACAUUGGUUUCUUUGAGCGGGAGAACGCUGCCAUCCUCAACGCGUCCAUCCUCGACUUUGCGCGCAGGACAAUCCACUCCUUCCAGACGGCCGUGCAGAAGCUCAACCUGCAUUGCCCUGUAUUCAUCACGCAGAACGACGGUACCAUCAUCCCUGCCAGCGCGGCAGCUCGCCUGCCGAUCAGAACUUUCUCAAGCGGUCCCACCAACAGUAUGCGCGGAGCUGCCUUUUUGAUGCAGAAUCAGGAUAUCAAAGAGGCCAUGAUGGUUGUCGAUAUCGGUGGAACAACCACCGACGUCGGUCUCCUACAGAAGAACGGAUUCCCCAGACAGGCUGCUGCCUACAGCGAGAUUGCUGGCGUGAGGACAAACUUUAGCUACCCUGAUGUGAGAAGUAUCGGUCUCGGCGGUGGCUCCACCGUCAGCAAAGACAAGACUGGCAGAUUGACCGUUGGGCCCGAGUCCGUAGGCUAUCAGAUUCGUCAAAAGGCGCUCGUGUUUGGCGGUAACACUCCCACGACGACGGACUACACCGUCCUGGGCGAUGCUUCCGUCGAUAUUGGCGACCGCAGCAAGGUAGAUGGCCAGGACGCCCUGACUUCCAGUCUCCCCGAGUUCAAGGCCAAGGUCAAGGCGAUGCUUGAACAGAUUGUCGACACGAUGAAGACAUCGCCCAACCCUAUACCUGUCGUUCUCGUGGGCGGCGGUGCGGUCAUCGCGCCAGACUCUCUGAACGGCGCGAGCCGCGUUGUCAAGCCCAACUGGUCUGGCGUCGCCAACGCUAUCGGUGCCGCGACAGCGCGUGUCAGUGGCGUCAUUGACUCAGUCGAGAGCACAGAGUCGCGCAGCAAGACCGAGGUCAUGGAGGCCGUGUCACAACGAGCCAUUGAGGUUGCUGUCACCAGUGGUGCGCUGAGAGAGACGGUCACAAUCGCAGAGAUGGAGAGCUUCCCACUGCAGUAUAUUGCGGACAAGUCGAGGAUCAUCGUCAAGGCAGUGGGUGAUUUUGACUACUCCCGCACGGAUAUCCAGUCGGCACCAAUCAUGGAUGUAGCCAACGGGGACUUUGCGGAUGAUGCAGACCAUGUUGCGUCAAAAACGGACGGUAAUCAUGGCGACAUAUCGAGAGAGGAGGCUCCUUCGUCUGGAAGUCUGGUGCACACAAAGGAUUCUAUCAGCACCUACAGGCCCCGUGUUGGCAAGAGGACCUGGCUGCUGUCAGAGACGGAUCUCGAGUUCAUCUCGACAGGAUGUUACAUCCUGGGCACCGGUGGCGGUGGUAGCCCAUACCAGCACUUCCUCCGCUUGAGACAGAUGGUCCGCCAGGGCGUCACUUUGCGAGUCAUCUCCCCUGACGAUCUCAAAGACGAUGACCUGGUCGCAUGCGGUGGUGCCAAGGGCUCGCCACAGGUCUCGACAGAGAAGCCCGUCGGCGACGAGAUACUCGAAUCGCAGUGCGAGCUGUACGCCUUCCUGAACAAGUCCCCCAACGCCGUGGUCCCACUCGAGAUUGGCGGUGGGAAUGGUCUGCAGGGUCUCAUCAUCGGCGCCUCCAACGCUCUGGACAUUCCUGCCAUUGAUGGCGACUGGAUGGGCCGCGCGUACCCAGUCUCGUGGCAGACCACACCGGUUGUCUAUGAGAAGAGAGCCACGAUGAUCCCCACGUGUAUUUCGGACGGCAACGGCCGCAUCAUUUUCAUGACAAAGGCACCCACCGAGCUCGACGCCGAACGUGCCCUACGCGCGGCGCUGUCGCAGAUGGGUUCGCACGUUGGCUGCGCAAAGGGCCCCGUGAGCGGUGCCAACACCAAGAAAUGGGUCGUGAAGAACACAAUGUCUCUCGCAUGGCGUAUCGGUCGCGCCGUGGCGCUAUCUCGCUGCACGAAUACCAUUGACACUGUAGCCGAGUCCAUCAUCGAGGAGGUGGGUGGCGCCGAGUCGGCGAGUGUCCUCUUCAAGGGCAAGAUUGUCGGCGUGGAGCGCGUGCUGAAGAUGGGCCACGCAUAUGGCGAGGUGACCAUCGAAUCGACGAGUGACGAGAAGACGGAUGCUUCCAAGGAGAAGCUGGUCAUUCCUUUCAAGAAUGAGAACAUUUAUGCCAAAAAGGUGUAUUCCGACGGUAAUGAGGAGAUCUUGGCCAUCGUGCCCGAUCUAGUCACCGUGCUCGAUGCGCAGAAUGGCGAGGCGUUGGGGACGCAGGACUACCGAUAUGGCCUGCCUGUUGUCGUGAUAGGCAUCACGGCAUCGGAGAAAUGGACGUCGACAGCGAGGGGUCUCGAGAUAGGCGGGCCUAAAGGCUUUGGGUUCCAUGAUCUGGAGUAUAAGCCGUUGGGCAAGUUCAGCAAGCCGGCCAGUGUGAUCGAUGAGUAUGACCGGGAUGCGUAG